CCUGGACCCGCUCUGCCCGGCCAGAGGCAGACAUGGUGCCCCUGCUGCUGCUGCCCCUGCUGUGGGGGGGGUCCCUGCAGCAGCAGCCACGCUAUAAGCUCGAAGUGCAGGAAACCGUGACAGUGUAUGAGGGUCUGUGUGUCCAGGUGCCCUGCUCCUUCUCCUACCCGUGGAGUUCGUGGUCUCCUUAUGGCACACUCUACACCUACUGGUACCGGGAUAGGGACAACCCACGCUAUCAUGCUCCUGUGGCCUCGAGCAACCCAAAUAGACCAGGGAAGGAAGAGACGAGAAACCGAUUCCUCUUCACAAACAGCAGGACCAACGACUGUUCCCUGUGCAUCACAGACGCCAGGAUGAGUGACGCAGGACGCUACUUCUUCCGAGUGGAGAGAGGAGCCUCUGUGAGAUAUAGUUACCUAGGGAAGAUGCUGAAUUUGCAGGUGACAGACAAACCCCACAUCCAGAUUCCGGAGCCGCUGGAGUCCGGCCGCCCCACACAGCUGACCUGCAGCCUGCCAGGUGGCUGCAAAGGGGGAGAACGUUUCACCUUCUCCUGGGCGGGAGCCGCUGUGGACUCACUGAACCCCCAGACCCUCCGCUCCUCGGUGCUCACCUUCACCCCGAGGCCCCGGGACCAUGGCACCAACCUCACCUGUCAGGUGAAAUGGGAAAGGGCUCCACUGACCACACAGAGAACCAUCCGGCUCAAUGUCUCCUAUGCUCCUCAGAACCUCACCAUAGGCGUCUCUUUCAGAAAUGCCACAGCCCUCAAGAUUCUGCAAACCACAUCCCUUACCAUCCUGGAAAGCGAGUAUUUGAGGCUGCUCUGUGUGGCUGACAGCAACCCCCCUGCCGAGCUGAGCUGGUUCCAGGGGUCCCCAGGCCUAAACGCCACCCCCAUCUCCAGCACCGAGAUCCUGGAGCUGCCUCGCGUAGGGCCUGCACAGGAAGGAGAGUUCACCUGCCAAGCUCGCCACCCACUGGGCUCCCAAAGUGUGUCUCUCAGCCUCUCCGUGGCCUGCAGCCCGCACUCCUGCAGAUGUGUGACUGAGGAGCAGCAGGGCUCCUGGCCCCUGGUCUUCACCCUGAUCAGAGGGGCCCUCAUGGGGGCUGGCUUCCUCCUCACCUACGUCCUCACCUGGCUCUACUACACCAGGUGUGGAGGCCCCCAGAACACCAGGCAGAGCUCCUGAUGGAUCCUCCCUUCGUCUGAAGAUGGGACUGAGGUGUGGGCACCAGGCUACAGGGACCGUCCUGGGACGUCAAUGUCACCUUCUCCCUGGAAGCUCUUGACUCACCUGCUCACAUGGACCUCUGGGGUUUCAGUUUGUGGGAGUGACUGAGUGAGGACAAGGGGAGCCAAUGCCAUGGAGAGAAGACUUUCGUUCCUGUUACCUCCUGAGAGGGGGGCCCGCCUUGCCAUGGGAAGCCCCAGAUUUCCUCCGGAAGCAGAUGCAGGUGCAGGGCAGCCUAGCGAAAGUCUUUGUUGGGGUUCCCAUGGGAAACACAAAGCAGGGCAGGUGAGCAGCUUAGGAUCAGCUGGUGUGUGUCAAUCUGGGGGAGGUGGGCCUGUGGGUGUGGUCUCUAUUUGUCUGGUCCUAGGUUCUGGUUGAUUUGGGGCAGGUUGGGGAGGCUGGGAAUAUGGGCUCAGGAUGGGUUGGUUUGCAUGUGAAAGGCUGUUCCUGGCAGAAUUCUCUGCUGUCUCUGAUAAUGGGCCGGCCCUGGGAGACCCUGUGUCUCCUUGGCCACCUAGCUGUUUAAUGGCUCAAAACAUCAUAAGAUACAGAAAUAAACAACUAAUACACACCCACUGACUGCUCUCUUGUUUCUGCCUGUUCUC